AACACCAUAGUUGCUGAUUCAGUCUACAGUCUCUAUUGAAAGUGGUUACACAUUUAAGGUUUGUUUCUAAAAAUCCUACAUUUUCCGGGUAUAUGGAAAACAAAAUUAUGUUUAAUUGAUUAUGCAGAAUUUAUAUCAACUGAAAAUUCCAUGGGUUAUCCAAACUACGAAUAUAUAUUACGAUUAGAAAUUAUGCAAUUUCAUCAAAAUCUAGUUAUCUCCCUUUGUCGCUCUUCAGUGUUGGAGUUGAAAAGGGUACAGUUAUGCUCUUCUGUGUGUGGAAGGUCAUGGAAGGUGAGGAUUAUGCAGGAAAGAAAAUGUAGUUUUAUUUGAAAUUAAGUAAGAUAUUAAACAUGAAGUUAAUAUAUUUCAUAUUAGGGGAAUAUAAGAAUCCAUGGAAAGUAGUCUUGUAAGCAGUUUUUCUUCAUUUUUACCUGAUAAAAGCAAGUGUACCACAUCACCUUAUUUCCCAAAUGAAAACAGCUUAGUGUACGUGAAAAACUGUAGGAGAAACAUUAAAAACCACCUCAAAUCAUGUAACAUAGGAGAUAUAGCUUCUGAGGGACAGAUAUGUUACCGUGCUGGUGUUUUUUCGCUAUUUGGGGACUAUACCAUCUGUCCAUUUCAUCGAUACUCCCUUGGAAUACGAUGGAAGAAGAAGUCAUCCUGCUCACACCCGAGUCACCGUACAACGGCAAAGGCAGAGGUUGGGAGGAGCAUUACUUUGUCUAUGUCUCGGCACCUUCAUACAGUAUAUGGAUAUAUUGUCCCUAUUGGCUCAGGCUUGUGCAGUAGAUGUAGAAAAAAUGUAACCCAGGAAAUGAAAUGGUGCGAGUGCUGUAAAGAUGCAUCUUCUGCUCAAAAUUGCCAAAUUACCUCAGAUGACACCCCUGAAGCAACCUCACAGUCCAGGAACCUCCAAACAAGGACAGAGAAUUAUGCUGAACAGUGCCAUUCAGAGACAGAGAAUUCCGCUGAACAGUGCCAUUCAGAGACUUUGUCACAGACAGAUGAAUCGACAACAUAUACUUUGUCACAAGAAUCUAGCUGGAGCACUUCCUUAGAAGGACAAAUACAUCUCGCAGAUGGAAUAGAAAAUCUGAACAACACCUUGAUGUCUCUAAGUGGUGGCCAAGUAAGCCCAAUAAAGUUUCAGCUGAAAACUCCAUUGAGGGAGGUCCAGUCUAGCACAAGAAGAUAUUUAAAAAGGAAGGCCAAGGAGGUAGUGCAUACAGUUCUCAAUCAUUUGGCUCCAGGACAAUCCAGUGAUAUGUUCCAGUUACUUUAUGAAGACAACUGUCAUGAGGAUACAGAGCAAAGUGAUAAAACAGAACUUGAAAUCACUGAUACAAUUCUUCAACUCUAUUGUGAAGCUGAAAACAAUGCUCUCAAACGUCAACUUCUGUCCCUGCUGUCCUUGCCGAAUGCACAUAGUAAAUCAAAACUUCAGAAACUCAUUCCAGGACUUACAAAGUGGGAAAUUGAUCAAAGUCGAGCACAUGCUGCAUCUCAUGGAGCAGGUUCUUUACCAGGACAUGUGGAACCAGGAUACCGGCAUCGCAUGAACAAAGAAAAGCUGGAGCAUGCUUUAUCUUUUUUCUUGGAUCCAAAAUUUCAUCAAAUUUGUUCAUAUGGAACAAAAGAUUUGCAUUGUGACAAUGGACAGACUGUCACCAUACCCCAAGUAGUGAGAACAACAUGCCACUCUUCUCUCCUACAAAUGUACAAGUCAUACUGCUCUGAAACAGGUUUUGUUCCUUUGUCAGAUUCUACUCUGUACAAAAUUCUGUCUACAUGCUCUGCAAGUAAGAGAACCAACCUAACAGGUCUAGACAACAUUGCCACUGAUGGUGCUGCAGCUGUAGAUGAUCUAAUAAAAAUGUGUGACCAAUUAAAAGGAUUAGGAUCUGAAACAAAUACAGUUGCCAAUCUCACCACUGCCUUAAAAUCCCUAAAGAUGUACCUCAAGUCAGAAUAUAAAUUUAGCGUGGGACUAUCUAGUGGAUGCCAAGAUCAUUGUUUGAAGUUUGCUUUGAGUCACCCAACCAAUGUGCUGUUGCAGGAAGAAUGUGAUCAUUCCCAUGAAGAAAUUUGUGGAAAAUGCAACAUCCUCAAUGAAAUAAACAGUGCCUUGUUUAAUGAAAUCCAAAAUAUCAGAACAUCUGACAUAGCAGAAGAGUUAGCAUUAACAGCAGAGAAAGCUCUUGAGAAAAUAUCAGAUUGGAAAGCCCACAUACUAAGGACACAGAACCAAGAAGAGGGUAGAUAUAGAGCAUUAGAAGAGCUGCAGCCACACCAACUUCUGAUUAUUAUGGACUGGGCAAUGAAGUUCCUUCCUGCACUUUAUAGAGAAAAGCAAUCAGAUUUUUUUGGACAAAAAGGCAUGAGCUGGCAUGUUGCUGUUGCUAUAUUUAGAGCAGAAGAUGGAUCUUUGAAGCACAAGACAUUCAAUCACAUUUUUGGAGCAGUGAGGCAAGAUUGGUUUGCUGUUGCAUCAGCCAUUGAGCACAUCCUAAAGAGUAUAAGAGUACAAAUGCCUGGAAUUGAAGAAGUUUUUUUUUAUGAAGUGACAAUGCAGGUUGCUAUCACUGUGGGUGCCUGUGGCUGAGCAUGCAUGGAAUUAGUGAAAGAACAGGUGAGAUUUCAAAUGCCUGAAAUGAUUUUUCUUUAUUGUUAUAUUUGGGUAUAAAAGAAAACCAUGAUAUUUGUUGUUGUUUUAUUUUAAACAAACAUUGGUUUAUGAUUGCAUCAUAGAUUUUUUUGGCAGAAUUUGUGCAAAUGAUGAAAGUAAUGUUUAUAAGGAUUUAAUAACUUUUUUUUCAGGUAUCAGCAUUGUACGCUAUGACUUCAGUGAACCUCAGGCAGGAAAAAGUUAUUGCGAUGCCAAAAUUGCCCAUAUGCGAUCCAAAUUAAGGAUGUUUGUUUCAUCUGGAGAAAAUGUAACAACACCAUUUGACAUGAAGAAGGCAAUAAUGGAUGGAAGUGGUGUAGCAGGAUGUCAAUGUGCAGUUGUGGAAGUUUAAAGUUAAAAUUGCAAUUGUCAAUUUUAAAGAAUUCAAAUGAAAAAAAAAGCUAAACUUUAAUUUGCUCACAGUCAUAAUUACUAGCAAAUAGACUCUUUGUGAUUUUGAAAUAUUCCUUGUUGAAACAUAUUAGCACAGCACUUUACUUUGAUUUAUAUAUAGAUAUACACGUGAAAAGUCAUUUCUGCUUCAACUUUUUCAGUAGUCAUUAUGCUGCCAUGGUAACAGAAAUUUACAAUUUAUCUAAAUUUUGAAUUGUGAGGAUUGGCAUUCUCAAUUCUGUAUAUUUGAAAUUAAUGAAUGUUUCGUUUAUUAUCUCAGUUUGAUCUUUUAAAUAUUUGACAAAAUUUUAUUUUAAUCAAAUACAGAUUGUGAUGAUAUUUUUUGUUGCUAAGGUAAAAGAGUAAUACUAAGAUUCCAAAUGCUUUAAUUCAGGUUUAAGAUAUGUAUUUCCCUUGCUACAUGUAUAUGCUCAAAAUUUUUUUAACUUGUGCGGCUAACUGAAAUAUGCUCCCAAAAUGUAGCAAUUUACCAUAAGUUGUAUUUGUUAAGGCCAUUUUUUGGAUAUUUCGUUGCCAUAGUAACAGUUUAAUAGUUAAUAAGUCACAAGUUUUAUCUGUAUUCUGUCAUUUUUAGGAUGUGUACUUUCUAUUUUAUAUGCCUAAUAUCUUUUUAAACUUGUAUUUAUUAUUAGCAGUAUGUCCACAAAAUGUAACAAUUUUGGGGUUUUUUUUAUGAAAACGAUAUUUUGAGAAAUUUUAUUGACAUGGUUACCAAAUGCUUUUUAAAAACCCAUCGGUUUUAUCUGAAGUUUAAAAUGUUCAAUGUGUGUACUUUCUAUUUUAGGUAUUAAGAUUUCUUUAACAAGUGUUAUUUGUCCACAAUAUCUUUCCAAAAUAUGAUGAUAGGUAGUGUAUAUGUCAAUAUUUGAAUUUUCAUGUAGUUUCAUUGCCAUGGUAACACAUUAUGUAUUUAAAAACCCAUGAAUUUUAUCUUAAAAGUGUUUAGUAAGGGAUAUGUACUUUUUACCCUCUGUGCUCAAAAUUUUGGCACAUGUGGCAUUUUUACGUAUUUUGCCCUUGAAAAUGUUUGAUUCUGAGAAAAAGCCUUAAUGACAAUUUCUUAAAAAACAACAUGUUUUAAACUUAUUUUUACCAUUUGUUGGAAAGGUAGAUUAAUAUUGUUAUUAUGAUUAACAGUGAAUAUAUUGGGCCAUAUUUCCAGAAACAAAAAUAAAAUUUGUAUAGUUUUGUUCAAAAAAAAAUUUUAAUUGCCUAAAGUAAGUGAUAAACUCAAAAUAGUAUGCGUUUGGUGUUUGCUGUUUAGGUACAUUUACAUGGUGCCAUGUUACCAUGGCAACAAAGGUUGAACAAAAAAGUCAUAAUCUCCAAUGAUGUUCUGGUGGUCCAUAAAACUUCAUAUUAAAAUUUCAUAGAAAUCUGAGUUGGUCAUGAAUCACCCCCUGCCUGGUUCUUACAAAUAGCUGU